CGCUAUUCUUUGGCUAUGUAGGCGGGGUUAUAUGCAUCCGGGCGCACGGUUCACGUGACGAGCAUCAGCUGACUGCGGUCAAGAGCAGCAGGUCGAUUCAUUCGUCGAGUCCGCGUCGUUGUUUCUGUGUUCGAGUUACCCGGCAUGGCCAGUCAGUCUCAGGGCAUCCAGCAGCUGCUGCAGGCAGAGAAGAGAGCCGCAGAGAAGGUGGCGGAAGCCCGCAAACGUAAAAACCGUCGUCUGAAGCAAGCCAAAGAAGAAGCUCAAGCUGAGAUAGAACAAUAUCGACUGCAGAGAGACAAAGAGUUUAAGACCAAAGAGGCAGCGGCCCUCGGUUCCCAUGGCAACAGCGCGGUGGAGGUGGACCGGGACACCGCGGAGCGCAUGAGUCGUAUCCAGGCCAGUUACCGUGGUAACCGGGAGUCUGUUCUGGGUGACCUGCUGCGGCGUGUGUGCGACAUCAAGCCCGAGUUCCACGCCAACUACCGCGUGGCUGGCUAGUGACGAUGAUGACGUGUCAGUGGUGUUAUGAAAUAUGAAUUCAAUGUGUUCUUUCCUUCGUUGGCAUACAGUAACCCUUUCCUCACUAAGCUUGGGUGUAUUUCAUCCUUUAUGAUUGGCUGCUGAUGGUAAAGCCGUGUGUUUGUGUACGUGAUGUUGACGAGUCACUAAAUAUUCUAUGUACUACUCUGUGCUACAUUGUUGCUGAGUCAAUAAAUAAGGAAGCACAA